UGGAAGUAGAUAGAAUAUUUUUUUAUAAAAAACGAGUCCGCUUUUAUGUUAGUUCGUACUAUAAAAUUCCUUUGUUUGUGAGAAAAUUUUCUCACAAAAGAAAAGUUAAAGGAAAUAAAAAGAGUUAUAGAAUGGAUUACUACCUAUGCCAAGAUCGCGUAUAAAUGGAAAUUUUAUUGAUAAAACCUUUACAAUUGUAGCCGAUAUCUUAUUACGAGUCAUUCCGACAACUUCCGGAGAAAAAGAGGCAUUUACUUAUUACAGAGAUGGUGCGAUUUGAUUAUCAUUAUCAUUUUUUUCUAUUUCUCACCGAUUUGGAAUAGAAAAAAAUGAGUAUUGAAAAAAAUCUACGCUUUUGAAGGUGAAGUUUAUAAUAUAAAAAAGCAAUCCCUUCUGUCAUGUAUCCACGAUUAGUGCAGCCUUAGAUGCUUCAAUUAUGAAUUCUAGUAUUGAGCAAAAGGUUUUUUACCUACGGUUCCCGUAUUACAGAUCAAUCCUACUAGACUAAUACAAUAUACGAAUAGGAGGCACAGGGGAAGAAGCACUACGCCGAGAAAUCAACAACACGAAAACUUUCUUCAAAAAGAUUCCUUUUCUUUCUUCUUCUUUGGGAUUGGGACUAAUUAAAAUGGUUGGAACAAUAAACAUCCAUCUCGUCCGUACUUUGGAUACCCGUAUAACCAUUGAAGACUGUUGAAGUGACUAAUUCCUGGAAAUUUAGGGGCGUUGAGAACAAAGAAAUUGUUAGAGUUUCCUUUUUUAUUUUUAUCUAGUAUGAAUAUGAAUCCACUUGGUAGUAAGAAAAGAUCUUUUACAAGAAGGUUGGCUAGGGAUUUCUUGUAAAAACAUUAGCCCCGCUUAGUUCAUAAUGACAUCAAAUUUUUCCAUAUCCAUAUAUUUAUUAUUUUCAUUAUGCACCUAAAGGAGGAGCCGUAUGAGAUGAAAAUCUCACAUACGGUUCUGAAACGGAGAAUUCGUUAAAGCGAAUGACGACCGUAACGGAUGUCGGCUCAAUCUGAAGGAAAUUAUGCGGAAGCAUUACAGAAUUAUUAUGAAGCUAUGCGACUAGAAAUUGACCCCUAUGAUCGAAGUUAUAUACUCUAUAAUAUAGGCCUUAUCCACACAAGUAAUGGGGAACAUACCAAAGCUUUAGAAUAUUAUUUUCGGGCAUUAGAACGAAACCCCUUUUUACCACAAGCUUUUAAUAAUAUGGCUGUGAUCUGUCAUUACGUGCGACUAUCUCCACUAUAGAAAAAAAGAACGAACAGCUAGUCAAUGAAAUACUAGAAAAAAAAAAAGGCUUUCUACAUAAGCAUCGUCCAAAACGAUUUUUUAUCAGCUGUAGCAAAUAAAUAAACUUCAUGGAUCGAAAUAUGAAGUGAAGACUAGAUAUGCCUAAAUACUUUAUUUUCUAUGGAUAAAAAAAGAUUUAAUUGAUAGAGGAAGCACCGUAAAGAUCAACUGGAAAGGUUUUGGACCGAUACAACAAGAGCUGUUUAUUUAUAUCAUAAUAUGAGAUAAAUCUUAGAAAUCUACUUAUGUAAUAGAGUGGAUCCCCUAAGGUAUUGAGCAGCGGUGUAGCAUCAGAUCCUAAAGACAGUAAGUCUUUUUCUUUUUUAUGAUAUGAAGUAUGAAAAAAAGUCUUUUUCAACGAUUCUAUAUAAAUUUAUAUAUGAAAGCGGGAUAGUUACCUUUCAGAAAAUUCUAAUAUCUAAUAACAGUGGACAUGCCUUUUUUUUUCUGAAGGUAGGAGAAAAGAUAAAACUUAUUAUUAGAUUAAUUAAUAUAUUAAUUAAAUCAAAACGAAAGUUUGAAACUCAUGUAAUUACUCUCUUUUGUUUAAUCCAAGAAAAACCGAAUGAAUAUCUAUAAGAAAUCUCAUUCAAUUAGAUAUAAAGUUAAAGUAGGUUAAAGUGAAAAAAACUGGUACACCAAAACAAAAGAGUUGGUUGUCGAGCCGUAUGAGGUAGGAAACUCUCAAGUACGGUUCUCAGGGAGGGAAUUGACCCGCCUAUUCCGACCGUGGAGAACAGGCCAUUCAACAAGGAGAUUCUGAAAUGGCGGAGGCUUGGUUUGCUCAAGCCGCCGAGUAUUGGAAACAGGCUAUAACGCUUACUCCUGGUAAUUAUAUUGAAGCACAGAAUUGGUUGACGAUCACGAGGCGCUUCGAAUAAGAACUUUUUCUUUGUUUCUUUUUUUUUUAUUCUAUAAUAUAUCUUUAUUUGUUUUUACAAUUAAUUGUUUUUUAGUUUCUUGGCCCUCUCGGUCAAAUAAACCAGAUUCUUUUUUCUAUCAGAAGAACCAAUCCCAGAAAAAAAUUUCAUUAUAUCCUUUUCUCAAAUCGUUCUAUUUAAUCUGGUAUUCUCUAGGGAUAAGUAGUACAUGAAUAUGAGAAUAUCUAUAAUAUCUAUAUCUAGUUUUUUCUAUUUUUUUCUUUUCGACUAUUAAAACGAAUAAAAGGGAUUUGAAAAUGACUAAAUAUCAAUACUAGAAUGUUUCU